AUGAAUAGGGAAACAGAUGCAUCCAUCCCUGUGGCUUCACCGUCGGACCCCAUCGUGCUAGGUGCUCAAGGAGAGAGGGAAGUUACACUCCCACAGGAUAGCGAGGCAAGAGAUAUGCAGCAAAGGCCCGAUCCUGGCUUCUCUGGCUCACUUGCAUUCGUUAGCACCUGGGGCGACCGUUCAGCCGAGUUCGCUUUUUCAAUCUAUCUAGUAGAGAUAUUUGUGAAUACGCUUUUACCCGCGUCAAUGUAUGGGUUCAUAACGACAUUCACUGGUAUUCUGUUUUCAGGGGCCGUUGGACAUCAAAUAGAUAUUCGAGCACGCCUUCCGACUAUUCGAACUUGUAUUGCCACUCAAAAAUUAUUCGCCUCGAUGUGUUACGGACUUUUCCUCAUCUUAUUCACUCGAUUCUCUACUUUGGAUUCUAAUAUCCGGCGGUUGUUCCUUGCCUUUAUUAUUACCUGUGGCUGCGGGUUGAAACUGGCCACCGUUGGGAUGAACGUAUGCGUAGAACGUGACUGGGUGAUGGCUAUUGCGGCAAGUGCCCGCACACCACAUGGUUCUAGAGCAGGAUCUCCAGCGUCGGAAAUCAACCGAGGUUCGGUAUCUCCUCCAACUCGCUCAGUAGACCAUGCAGAUCGUGUUUUGCUCGAACUCAAUACCACGCUUCGUCGCAUCGACCUGAUUUCAAAACUUGUAGCCCCUUUAUUUGUCAGUCUGUUGACUUCGACUAUUGGAUACAUGCUUUCUGCAGUCGUUUUGCUUUCGAUGAGCCUGGCCACCGCGAUAUUCGAAAUUCUAUUUGUCGGAAUCACCUACAAGCGGUUCCCGAUCCUUGCAGUUCCACGGCCUUUAUAUACAGAUGUACCAAUUAAAUUAUCCGUCAAAGGAAUUAUCCAAGAGGCUCGCGCAUGGAUCAAGCAUCAAGUCCUGGAUUGGAACGAAUUUAUUCAUCAUCCUAUUUUCCUCAGUGAGCCUCGCAUUCGUACUCACUUCCAUGUUCCGUCCGCUUAUACGGAGACCAGGUUCACUUUCUAUCGCUUUGCUAUAUUUUAA